AUGGCGCCCAUCGAACGAAUCACCCUCUUCAAGAUCCCCAACGAGGCAGAUCGGGACCGUGUCCUGGAGCAGUACAAGGUUCUUGCGAAGACUGCCACGAAGGACGGCAAGCCAUACAUCCUCGCUGCGGCAGCUGGCGCGUCCUUCCCGGACCCCAGGAAUAAGGGCUUCAAUCUCUCUGUGAAGACUACUUUUGCUUCGAUGGAGGAUAUGAAAUAUUAUGAUGUUGAGUGUGAGGCUCAUAAGGCGCUUAAGGCUGUUGCUGGGCCUGUCAAGGAGGAUGUUUUGACGAGUUUUUAUGAGUCUGUCUUGUAA